AUGGUCCCCGUGCUCAGAGCCUCUCCGGUCGCGAGCAAAGGCUGGAGCUGCUCCAGCAACAAAGCUCGAGUGACGGCACCUCAAUCUCAGACAACCACCCUAUCCAUUGGUUUCGCCUCCGAUUUAUGUGCGAAAGAUGACCAUGCACUGUUUGCAAACGUCGGACAACAGCAGUACGUGACCCUGUCUUCUAUCGUUUGGUCGGACCUGACGGUGGCUUCACAUCCGUCGAUCAAGGCUGGUCCCAUCCAGCCAACGCCAUUGCCCCUCAUCCCUGACGAUUCGAGCCCUGUGUCGCACCAUAGCUUUUCAACUCCACCAGAACGCCUUGUCACGAGAAGUACGCCAUCGUCCACCGUGCACAGUCGGGAAACUUCCACUGUUCGAGGAGGUGCCGACCUAUCCGCUUUAGCCCCUUCAUCCUCACAACCUCAACACUCUCGGCGCGGCAACUCCCAUUCCAAAAGUCCCGAACCAAGCGCUGGGAGGUCUGGUCUUGGGUACGAUGUCGGCUUGGAGAGGAGACCAUCCAACUCUUACGGUCAUCAUCGAAAUACCUCGAUUGUCCAUGGAAUCCAACACUCCCGAAAUCCCAGUUUCGCUGCCUCUACAACCUCUACAAGCCCUCUCAGCCCCGAAUUGAUCGCUUCGCUCGGCCGUGGUGGCGCUCCCGACCCAGAAGGCACAGGCGCUGUACGAAUGGAGCAGCACGAGGGACACUCGGGCUUCCAGGGCCAAGGGGCCAAUGGAGCGGCUCACAGCCUGCAGGGCACACUAAGCACCAUAGAGGAUCGAGACACGGAUGAUGUCGCUGAUGGGAACCUGGCGGGUACAGCUCACAGGAGAAUGAACUCCAACGGAAAGCCGUGGCAGGAGCGGUCCCAUAGCCGUUCCCACUCGAGGCAUCACUUUGGAGCAGAGUCGAAAACGGUUGGGGAAUACGCUUUGCACCAUCUCUUCAAUUCCGUAAGUGUCUAUACCCGAUUCGCCGAGCUUGACCCGGCUGCUGACAGUGGCCCUAUUGAAGAAGUAUGCGGACCGGGCGUCGAUUCGAAUUUUGAUCAAUUGAUCUCUGCUUUGGGUCAUAUCGCGCGAGAGAAACCCAAGCCUUUGAUUGAUACGAUAAUGCUUUGGCGGAAGGCCAAAGGUGAUGCUGCUAUUGUGGCCAAACAGGCAGCUGGUCAGAAGACUACAUCCGAGAAUGGGUCUCUGAUACGCCGUAACACUGAGCCACCCCAGAUCAUUGCAGAAUCGGCUUCUCAGACUGACUCUGCGUCUCCUGCGACUACACUUUAUUCCCGACACGACGAUGUCAUCUUGGCGGAGCGGCGUGCAACGGUAUCCGUGUACCUGGUUUGCAGGGUUUUGAUUGAGAUAUUCAAUCAGAGCAGUCUCGCUUCGAUCACAUUGGACAUGGCGGACCGCUUAGAGGAUAUAGUCUUCGGUCAACUCAAAACAGUAGAUCCCGAACAGAUCUCAGCUUCUCCCCUUCGCAUGGCAAACUGGAGGAUCUACUCCCAGGUGCUAGGGAUCAUGAGCGAAAAUAACUUCACCAGCGUUACAGGUCGGUUUCUGGCAGAGCUCGAAAAGAUUCAGAAGGAUGAAACACUUCGUGGACCUUCCAGGGAUGGUGACGCCAAAGCCGAACUUUUGAUCCUAGGAAUGAGGCAUAUCCGGAUCAGGACACAACCCGAUGCAUGGGCUCGCUCUUGCGAAUUCCUGCGGUCACUAGCACGACUGUUCGUCCCGUCUGUCACAGAUGCUAACCAAGCCUCGUCAUUGGACUGUGGCUUUUCCUCUCCAUGUGUUGCUCUUGUGCGUGUCGACGAAGGAGAACUUCUCCUCACAGUGGCUUUCACUGAUCCAGUCCCUCCCACCGAGAUUAAAAGACCGGCCAACGAGAGGGCCGGCCCUACAGGCGAUGUGUCGCUUGCUGUGGACCUACUUCUUUCGCUAUUCAGAAUCGCCCACAGCUACCCUGCGACAUAUCUGAGCACAGAAUCGGCCGUUGCAGAACCUCUUAUUCAACUAAUACGGAUGAUUGGCUUUAAGCAUCCCGACGUCUGUUUCCGAAACAUCAUCUUUCAGAUGAUCAGCUCAGAUCUUUUCCUCUCUGGAAAAGAACUAAAGAUCGAACAAAUGGAGCCGGAAAAGAUGGUGAUCGGUAUCAGGUCCUUUCUCGCCAUCAUGACAGACAAUGAGAAUUGUGAUCAGCUUUGCCCGCCCUUUCCCACUGGUUCGCUCCCCAACCCAUUCACCGAUAUGUCCUCUCCAACCUAUCUACACCGUCCUCAGUUCCUGGCCGAUCCCCGGCUGCCAAAUACCCGAGGGAAUAGGGAGGAUGCAGUAUCACGUCCGGUGAACACAGCAAGACUGAAUGACAACGCCAAGGAGUAUUAUUUCCGAUUUUGUGACAUCCUUGGCAAGAUAACACUUUUAUGCGACAACACUUUCGGAGGACAGGCAGCGCUAGAUGAGAAAUUUGGCGGAACAACUCCCAAGACCCCGAUUGCGGAGGCCUUUAGUUUCGGAAGACGGGAUGAUCAUCCUAACAUCCUAGAUCAGCGACAGGGCUUCUACGAUCUUCUUCACGUCGCGGUCCAAGCCCUGCCUCGCUGUCUAUCCGAUCGUAUACCAUUUAAUUCUCUUAUCAAUCUGCUUUGCACUGGCACUGCUCAUGUUCAGACAAACAUAGCGUCCUCAUCUGCCGAGUCUCUGAAAGCAAUCGCGCGGCAAUCUCAUGCUCAGCAGGUGACGAUCGGUUUCGCAAGGUUCAUAUUCAAUUUCGACGCGAGAUAUUCCACCAUGUCAGACGAAGGCAUGCUUGGGCCAGGCCACAUUGAGUCUACAUUGAGAUUGUAUGUCGAGUUGCUGAGGAUCUGGAUCGAGGAAAUCAAGCAGAAGACUAAAGAUGCAGCGGCGGACUCUGGCGAUAAAUCUGGUACUGGGAGCAGGGCUCUGCAACUAGACCUCUCCAGCGUUCUCGCCCAGGUCGAGGAAGUGGAGUCCCAUGGCUUAUUCUUCCUUUGCUCGCAAUCGAGGAGGGUUCGCGCUUUUGCGAUCACCGUGCUCCGCCUUAUUACGGAAUUUGACAGCGCUCUUGGAAAGGAGAAUACGCGGAUCAUCCGGAUCUUGGAGGCCGACUCGCAACAGAUAUUGGAUGUCAAUGACGAACAGCUUACUGUGGCUGAAAGGAGUCGCAUCCAGAAAGGCAAGCGAAGAAGCGCCACUCAAAAUACGCUGAUUGAGCUGUGCAGCAGUGAAGUCUCCUAUGACUCUACACUAUGGUCGAAGACCUGUCCUUUUGCUGUGACGCUGGGCCGUGAGAUCGUGUGUGCACGACUUGUCCUCAUGCACAAGACCAUUACUUCGCUUGCGGAGAGUCCUCAGUAUCCUCAAUACGGUCCAAUCGAUGCCAUUCAGGCUCGAUCAUUCGGCAGGAGUAAUACGACCGCCGAGAUCUUGAUUGAGCAAUGGAAACUGUACUUGGUCAUGGCCUGUACCACCCUCAACAGCGUAGGCGCACAGUCCCAGAGUCAGCUGGCAAACGCUCAGCAUGCACGGAAGGGAUCAAAAGGGUCACAACAAUCGCAGGAUAAAAUAAGCUCCGCCCGAAGCCUCUUUGCUUUUGUGAUCCCGUUGCUAUCAGCCGAGCGUGCUUCAAUUCGGAACGCUAUAGUGAUUGCCUUAGGAUCGAUCAACAAGAACCUAUACCGCACCCUGCUUGAGUCUCUACAGUACGCCGUUACGACUUGCAACGAAGAAGCUAAAGUUCGGAUUGGUACACAUUAUCGUUCUCCGAGCAGCCCAAAGCGCAAUCGCAAGACAGACCGAUUGCGGACCGAAGUCACCCAUGUGUAUAAACUAACGUCACACUUUCUCAAGGAACCCGAAGUAUACAAUGAUGACUGGAUCGUCAACAACCUUGUUACCUAUGCAAAGGACUUGCGGAUAUUCUUGAGUGAUGCCGAGGUGCAGAACGAUUGGGAAUUUCAGCGGCUUCGCUUCCACUACUGCGGGCUUAUGGAGGAGCUCUUCGAGGGCAUCAAUCGUACCAAAGACCCCUCUCGCUGGAUACCUUUCGAAUCAAGAAAAUCUUCCUUCUCUCUUAUGGAGGACUGGUGCGGAUAUUCGCCUAAUCAGUCCCAGAUCUCGCAACGUGAGGAGACGAUGCGGAGGAAUGCCAUCUCACAAAAUCAUGAGGCUGGCGAAUUGCGUAAUACUGCCGCAGCCAUGGAAAUAGAGAAGAAGAACCUGCGCGCAGCAGCCCUCAGUGCAAUGGCAUCCCUUAUCACAACAGAGAGCGGGUCGGUACUCCAAUUCGAUGUGGGCCGAAUGCUUUCUUGGGUUGAUAUCAUCUUCAACACAAUCAGUGACAAGUGGCACGCCAUUGGUAGACGGGCCCUCAAGAAUCUAAUUAUCCACAAUAAGGAGCACUCAUACUUGUUGGAACGGUCCAUCGAGAUGUGCUAUGUCACAGAGCGACCAAAGGCAUUGGAGAGCUACUUUGAAGUCGUCACCGAAGUUCUGAUCGAGCAUACGGAUUACCCGCUUGGGUUUUGGAGAAUCUUGGGUGCCGUACUUGUUACACUUGGUAGCCCGAAACGGGAGAUCAGGAUGAAGUCUGCUAAGCUGCUCCGAAUUUUGGAAGAGCGACAACAGAAGAGUUCAAGAUUACAAGACUUCGACAUCAGCAUUUCCGACAAGACGACCGCCGUCUACAAGCUUGCGCAAUUCGAGACCUCGAAACGUCUGGCGAAGCAACACUCUGACCUGGCCUUCACUCUUUUCUCCGAGUUUUCAUUGCACUUUCGUAACCUGCGGCCGGACAGCCAGCGGAACAUGGUGGCUGCCAUUCUUCCGUGGGUCCAGACAAUGGAGCUUCAAGUCGAUCCAAAUGGCGGCCCAACAGCAAAGUCGUAUAUGCUUCUGGCUAAUUUGUUUGAAAUCACGAUCCGUUGCAGUACUAUUCUUCCAAACGAGGUCCAAGCCCUUUGGCAAGCUCUAGCCACAGGCCCGCACGGUGGCAACGUACAGUUAGUGCUUGACUUCAUCAUCAGCCUCUGUUUGGAACGCAAAGAGCAGAAUUUCGUGGAUUAUGCCAAACAGGUUGUUGUGUUCUUGGCAGGCACGCCAGCUGGCUCCAAGGUGAUUGAAUUCUUCUUGUUGCAAGUCGUGCCUAAGCACAUGGUACAAGAAAGGAAAGAUAUCACGCCAGCGCCACCUGAUAUCAGAAGUCUACCCUAUGUCACAGAUCUCGGAACAGUACUCCCUGUUGGCAACAAGCAAGCUGGCCUUUCCCUGGGCCAAGUCGCGCUGAUUUUCCUCGUUGACUUGAUGGUUGCGCCGGUCACGCUGACUAUGGAUGAUCUGGUCAAAUUACUUCAUGUUGUCCUUAUACUCUGGGACCAUUAUACGCUCACUGUACAAGAACAGGCCAGGGAAAUGCUGGUUCAUCUGAUACACGAGUUGAUCGCUGCAAAGGUGGAAGAUGAUGCGCCCAUCGAAACACGGCAAUCCAUUGAAGACUUUGUGGAAUCAAUUCGUAAGAGCGACCCUAAGGUUGUGUGGGAAUACGAAGACGUCAGUGACAAAGAAGAUGAAGAGGAUGGCAGCCGUGUUCCACCGUCAAUGGCCUCUGUCACUCGCCAAGUAGUCGAUUUCUUCAGCCUUGGAUAUGAAGGGCUGAACGACCUAUGGGCGAAAGAGGCGUUGAACUGGGCGACGUCAUGCCCCGUGCGACAUCUUGCCUGUCGAUCGUUCCAAGUGUUCCGUUGCAUAUCCAUGUCUCUAGACUCCCGAAUGCUGGCUGAUAUGUUGGCUCGUCUAUCGAACACUAUUGCAGACGAAGAGUCGGACUAUCGAACUUUCUCCAUGGAAAUCCUUACGACUCUUAAGAUCAUUAUCAGCUCCUUGGCGCCUACUGACCUGCUGCGGUAUCCUCAACUGUUCUGGACUACAUGUGCGUGCUUGAAUACCAUCCACGAAACGGAAUUUAUUGAGAGCGUUGGCAUGCUUGAGAAAUUCCUGGAUCGUGUCGACAUGAGUGACCCCAUGGUAGUUUCAGAGCUCAUCAAAGGUCAACCGCCAAAGUGGGAAGGCGGCUUUGAUGGUCUCCAAGACUUGAUCUACAAGGGCCUGAAGUCGUCUGAAUCGUUGAAUCGAACACUGGAUAUCCUUCACCGACUAAGUGGCCUUCCAAACAACGAGCUUAUUGGGGAUGGUAACAGGUUGCUAUUUGCCAUAUUAGCCAACCUGUCUCACUUCUUGCGUCAAUUUGACUCCGAUGUUGAUGAUCCCAAGACAUUGGCGCGCGCGACACUUCUGGCAAGGGUCGCUGAAAGUGAACGAUGCCCCCGACUAGCAGCCUCCUUGCUCGGAUUUGCGAAUGGCCAAUACAAGGCGGAGAACGAUUUCCUGAACCAUAUCAUUACAGAGAUUCGGUCAUAUUACUUCCCUCGCCAGGAUGUCCAAAGUCUCAUUUUCCUUAUGGGGUUGCUGACCAAUACGACAAACUGGUUUCGCGUCAAGGUCAUGAAAAUACUAUGCGUGUUGUUACCCGAUAUGGACAUGCGUCGGGGAGAAGUGACGUGUCAUGGGCCUGAUCUGAUCUCUCCUCUCUUGCGACUGCUACAGACGGACCUCUGUCCCCAAGCUUUGCAGGUCAUGGAUUACAUUAUGACCGUCUCGGCCAAUCCAAUGGAAAAGCAUCACAUCCGGAUGAGCAUGGCUUCGUCGUCAUCUUCUCGAGCUAUCCGGAAGGAGUACGAGCGUGUGCAAAGCUUGUAUGGUAUACCCGAACCAACCGGAUGGUCGAUACCAAUGCCUGCGACACAAUCAAGCAUCACACGACAUAAUGUCCAUGCAGUGUUCUACACUUGUGCGGAAGUUGAUCGUAUGGAAGCGCAGGAGACAGCACCCUCUGAGGUGGAAUUCCACGCCGAUGAGUACAAUGAUACUUUUUUCCCAAUGCGGGCGGACACGAUGAAAUCCAUCGAUACGCAAACGGACGGCAACAUGGGAGACAUUGUCCAGAAGCUAGACAGUCUGGAUGAUUUCUUCGAGGAGACCGACCCGGUGCACGCAACGCUGGACCCCAUUUCCGAUUCCACGCUACGGGGCUUCACUGGUACAUUUGCCGAUACCAACGCCAAUCUGUAUGAUCAGCAAACUGCGCCUAUUCUCCGCAAGUCCCUGGCCAGAACCGCCUCAACGUCCUCUUUUCAUAAUGGACUUGCUGAGUCCCGUCCGUCCAAUAUGCGCUUCGACAGCAUGGGAACGCAAUCUCCCGGGACAUUUACGCCUCAAGCUCCGAGCCAGAAUGCACGGCCCGUUUCCCACACGCGCUCCGUUACGUCUCCAGUCAAUCAUCUGUUCACGCCUCCGAAUUCUAGCGUACAUCACAAUACGCCUUUAAUCGGUUUCGAGUCGGCAUUCCUAUCCGAUGACGAGAUAGAGGAUGGCUUGGCUGAUCACAAACAAGCCAUGCCACAUCCUAUCAGUCAAACGCGCAGUGCCACGGACGGGUCCUCGUCGCUUGAAUCCAUGAUUCGCAGCGGUAUGCGACGGCUCACCGGUGGAGCAGCCACCAAUCGGGAAAAAGAGAGACAGCGUGAUCUGGUUCGAGCUCAACAGCGAGCAAUGGCUCAGACGGCCAGCUCCCCGCGAGUGCCCAAGGUUCCUGCCGAGUAUCUGACGGGUCCAACGAGCAACCCAUCUUCCCCAGCACAACAGUAA